GAAACAGAGCAGGGUUUUAGAGGGUUUUAACCUUUGACAACAAACGUCUUCCCUUCCCUUUGUCUGUGUGUUAAGUCUUAACAACUAGAACCCUUCAACAAGGCAUCGGCCAUGGGCGUUGCACAAGACUCCUCGGCCGACCCUCCAAAGAACAACAAGCAAAAGUCUAAUGAUGGAAAGCAAAUUCCUCAUUCGGCCAUUGAUAAGGAAUUCCUUGCCGCUCCUAUCAAAUCUGCCACGGACAAAUUCGCACUUCUGCCGGAGUUUCUAAAGGUGAGAGGGCUGGUAAAGCAACAUUUGGACUCGUUUAAUUACUUUGUGAACACGGGAAUCAAGAAAAUUGUUCGUGCCAAUGAUCGGAUUGUGUCUGGCGUCGAUCCAAGUAUUUACCUUAGGUUGAGUACUUUUUUUUAUUGAUUUU